AUGGCGACUUCGCUGCUCAACCUGCUAAAGCCCAAGCAGCACAAGACAUCGCUGCGGAAGAAGGUGAUCGCUUGCAUCGGAGCUCUAUCCGCAGUUCUCGCAGAUCGGCAGCUAGAUACCCUGAUGAGGACGUUGCUUGCUGAUGUUCGACAAGCAGGAUCCAAAUCUGAAAAGCAAAAGUAUAUCCAGUGCAUCAGCACCGUCAGUAGGAAUGUGGGUUUCCGAAUCGGUCAGCACUUGAAAGAGAUCGCGCCGCUCUUCUUCCAAAUCGUGAACCAGGCGACGCAAGAAGACGUCUCCAUGGAGGGUGAUAACGAGAAAGACCACGAGGUUGUAGAGAAUUGCUUGAACGCCUUUGAGUGCUUCGUGCUCCGCUGUUCCAAGGAGAUCAUGCCUCACUUGGACGAGCUUUGUGGGAUCGUUCUCAAUUUGGUGGCGUACGAUCCGAAUUUCUACGAUUCGGGUGAUGGCCAGGAUGCCAUGAUGGACGAUGGCUUUGAGGAGUUCGAUGAAGAUGGACUGGUGGAUUCUGACGAUGAUGACAACUCUUGGAAAGUCCGCCGAGCGGCGCUUAAGGUGCUUGAGGCGAUGGUGAAGGGCCUCCCGGACAGGUUAGAUGAGAUAUAUUCCAAGUUUUCUCAGCCACUGAUAGCACGCUUCAACGAACGUGAGGAAAGCGUGAAGCUCGAUGUGUUCACCACCUUCGGUGAGAUGGCGCACGCGGCUGUGACAAAGACGCAAUCCUCCUUUCUUGCUGCCACGAGCAUGGAUUCAACACCUUCAGUGUCAUCCUCCUUUAUAUUGGAGGUUGAGCGUGUGCAGCCUCCCAAGGAGCGGCCAACCUCGCAGCAUCUCAUCGCCGUCAUUCCGGCCUGCAUCUCGCAGCUGAACAAACAGAUGCGCUCCAAGGCAGCAAAAACGCGGCAGGGUGCUUUGACCCUGCUACGGACGCUGUCUGAGUGUAUUCCACAGCAUGUAGAGCCCAAUCUGCCACAGGUCAAAGAUGAGCUUCUCCGCGCUAUGAAGGAAUCAAACUCCUCCAUGCGACUCGACAGUUUGGUCUUCAUCAGGCACCUCGCAGAGUACUUCUUGACAGCCACAACUUUUCAGCAACUAGCUCCAGAGCUAUGUCCAUUGUUUUUGACCUGCUGCUCGGACACGUACUACAAGUCGAUUGCACAGGCUCUGAGAGCUAUCGGGGCCUUUGUUUACACCCUCAGGCCAUCCCCGGAUGCUGUUAGCUCGGAGCUGAAAGUGAUGCUGCCGGUUUACGAGGUGCUCAAAAGCAAGCUUCUGGCGACGGAUAUUGACCAGGAGGUCAAGGAAAGUGCGCUGGAGUGUUUGGGCCAUCUGGUUGCGUGCACCGGGGACUUGCCAGACUUCCAGCCUGGCAUUCAAGAUUGUUUGCCAUCUUUUGUGGAGCGUAUCAAAAACGAGGUGACUCGGACGACAGCCAUCAAGGCGUUGAGAACGAUGUGCAUUUCAAAGGUGCAGAUUGCUGCAGUCGGUUCCAUUCUUCCGGCCGUCGGUGGCACCCUGUCGCAAUACCUUAGUCAGAACAGCCGCUCCUUCAGGCAGCAGUGCCUGGAUGCGCUCGUGCACCUUAUCAAGAAGUACGGUGGUGGCAUGCCGAGCGAGACCAUUAUGCAGAUAUUGGGUGACAUGGUCCCCUUCAUCACAGAUACAGACCUCUACAUAACAGAUCUUUGUGUUCAAAUCGCAGUGCAGGUUCUCGCCACCUCGCCACGAAUGGCACCGCAAGUGAUCGAGCGCUGUGUGCCGGCAGUGCUGACCGUGUGUCGGUCACCACUGCUGCAGGGAAGUGCCCUGGAUUCGAUCUUGAACUUCUUGUCCCGAGUAGCACACCAUCGUGAGCACUGCCCCUUCGAGAAGCUGCGGCAGGAGUUGAGCAAUACCUCCUUCAUCGCAACAGCUCAAGCGCAGGCUCAACGACACGUCAUCGGAACACUAGCGAAGGGCCUGGCUGCAGUAACAACAUCUUCUGCAUCCGACGUGCAGAAGGCUGCAGUGCAGCACUUCUUGGAGAGUGUGAAGAAGACCUCUGGCAACCCUGCACCCGAGGUGAUGCAUCAGUGCGAGUUGUCUCUGCUGGCAUUGGGUGAAACUGGAAAGUAUGUUGAUCUUUCUGGGGUUCCGGGCUUUUGUGAUGUGCUCCUUCGUCAGCUGGAGAGCCAGCAGGACGAGAUUCGGCUUGCAGCGGCGCUGGCGUUGGGCUACGCAACCGUGGGCGCUAUGGGCACACUUCUAAAGGUCGUGAUUGACAAUGUGCAGCAGGCUGGUGCAGAAGCACAAAAGAAACAGUACUUGCUGCUGACAUCCCUGCGAGAAGUGAUUGCAAUCGGCGUUGCCGAGAGGCAUGGAUCCCGUACACUGGCGGAGCAUCUCAAGCCGCACGUUCCACGGGUCCUACCAAUCCUGCAGCAGUAUGCCGACUCACAGGAGGAGAGCAUGCGGAAUGUUGUGUCCGAGUCACUGGGACACCUGCUCACAGUCGACCAGGACGCUGUUAUGCAAGCCUUGACUGUGCUUCUCUCCAACAGAGACAGGGAGAGCUGGAGGACGAGGGCCGCAGCUGUUGCUGCCGUGCGUUUUGCCGCAGCAAAGCAAUGCCAGGCUUCCGCGGUCUUGCCACUGAAGGAAGCACUGCUGACCUGCCUGGGAGAUGAGGAGUUGCAGGUGAGAAAGGCAGCGCUACACUCGGUGAACGUGGUGUGCGUCUCCCCUACCUGCUCGGAGAUCCUGAGGGACAGCACUGAUCUCAUCCUCGAGCGAAUCAAAGAGGACUCCAAGCAGAAGCCAGAGCUCAUCAGAGAGGUGGAUCUAGGACCGUUUAAGCACAAGGUAGAUGAUGGGUUGCCUUUGCGGAAGUUUGCGUACACCGUGUGCUGUUCACUGCUUGCAGCCUAUCCUGAGCAGAUCGCUUCACCAGCGCUCAUCGAUUUGGUGCUUCAAGGGAUGGCCGACAAUGAAGACAUCCAGGUCAUUUGUUGUCAGCUGCUCCAGGACCUUUGUUCCUUCAACUUUGCUCUUUACCGCAUCGUCGGCCGCGUCGGCGAUUUGGUUGAGCCAUUCGACCGGUGUAUUGUGCGGUGGAUCAAGCAAGUGCAGGCGAAGCAGCAGGUUGGCAGGAGCCUUAAAGCUCUUGCGCUGCCUGACCCGUGA